GACUGUCUGAGGGAGGUGCCGCUACGUCGCACAGCAAACAAGCCCCGCGACGUUUCCAGGACCCGGAUAAUCCCGCCCCCAGAGGAGAGCCGGAAGAAGGCGGGACGAACCGGAAGAGGGUGAAAUGCUUUCGGUAGGCACUCCACGGCUGUGAAGAUGGCGGCGGCUGCGUGGCUUCAGGUGUUACCUGUCGUUCUUCUGCUUCUGGGAGCUCAGCCGUCACCACUGUCGCUUUUCAGUGUGGGACCGGCACCCGUAGCUGCUGCCGACCGGUCCAAAUGGCACAUUCCAAUACCGUCGGGGAAAAAUUAUUUUAGUUUUGGAAAGAUCCUCUUCAGAAAUACCACUAUCUUCCUGAAGUUUGAUGGAGAACCUUGUGACCUGUCUUUGAAUAUAACCUGGUAUCUGAAAAGUGCUGAUUGUUACAAUGAAAUCUACAACUUCAAGGCAGAAGAAGUAGAGAUGUAUUUGGAAAAACUUAAGGAAAAAAGAGGCUUGUCUGGGAGAUAUCAAACGUCAUCAAAAUUGUUCCAGAACUGCAGUGAACUCUUUAAAACACAGAGCUUUUCUGGAGAUUUUAUGCAUCGACUGCCUCUUUUAGGAGAAAAACAGGAGGCUAAGGAGAAUGGAACAAACCUUACCUUUAUUGGAGACAAAACUGCAAUGCAUGAACCAUUGCAAACUUGGCAAGAUGCACCAUACAUUUUUAUUGUACAUAUUGGCAUUUCAUCCUCAAAGGAAUCAUCAAAAGAAAAUUCACUGAGUAAUCUUUUUACCAUGACUGUUGAAGUGAAGGGUCCCUAUGAAUACCUCACGCUUGAAGACUAUCCCUUGAUGAUUUUUUUCAUGGUGAUGUGUAUUGUAUAUGUCCUGUUUGGUGUUCUGUGGCUGGCAUGGUCUGCCUGCUACUGGAGAGAUCUCCUGAGAAUUCAGUUUUGGAUUGGUGCUGUCAUAUUCCUGGGAAUGCUUGAGAAAGCUGUCUUCUAUGCAGAAUUUCAGAAUAUCCGAUACAAGGGAGAAUCUGUCCAGGGUGCUUUGAUCCUUGCAGAGCUGCUUUCAGCAGUGAAACGCUCACUGGCUCGAACCCUGGUCAUCAUAGUCAGUCUGGGAUAUGGCAUCGUCAAGCCACGCCUUGGAGUCACUCUUCAUAAGGUUGUAGUAGCAGGAGCCCUCUAUCUUUUGUUCUCUGGCAUGGAAGGGGUCCUCAGAGUUACUGGGUAUUUUUCUUAUCCCUUGACUCUGAUAGUAAAGCUGGCCCUCUCAGCAAUUGAUGCCUGUGUUAUUUUAUGGAUAUUUAUUAGCCUGACUCAAACAAUGAAGCUAUUAAAACUUCGGAGGAACAUUGUAAAACUCUCUUUGUAUCGGCAUUUCACCAACACGCUUAUUUUGGCAGUGGCAGCAUCUAUUGUGUUUAUCAUCUGGACAACCAUGAAGUUCAGAAUAGUGACAUGUCAGUCGGACUGGCGGGAGCUGUGGGUAGACGAUGCCAUCUGGCGCUUGCUGUUCUCCAUGAUCCUCUUUGUCAUCAUGGUUCUCUGGCGACCGUCUGCAAACAACCAGAGGUUUGCCUUUUCACCAUUGUCUGAGGAAGAGGAGGAAGAUGAACAAAAGGAACCUAUGCUGAAAGAAAGCUUUGAGGGAAUGAAAAUGAGAAGUACCAAACAAGAACCCAAUGGAAAUAGUAAAGUUAACAAAGCACAGGAAGAUGAUUUGAAGUGGGUAGAAGAGAAUGUUCCUUCUUCUGUGACAGAUGUAGCACUUCCAGCCCUUCUGGAUUCAGACGAGGAACGAAUGAUCACACACUUUGAAAGGUCCAAAAUGGAGUAAGGAAUGGGAAGAUUUGCAGUUAAAGAUGGCUCCUAUCAGGGAAGAGAUCAGCAUCUGUGUCAGUCUUCUGUACGGCUCCAUGGGAUUAAAGGAAGCAAUGACAUCCUGAUCUGUUCCUUGAUCUUUGGGCAUUGGAGUUGGCAAGAGGUGUCAGAACAAAGAGAACAUCUUACUGAAAACAAGUUCAUAAGAUGAGAAAAAUCUGCAAGCUUCAUAUUUACAACACUGAUGCCCCCUUUCCUCCCAGACUCUGACUGGAUGUUCAUGCAACUUAAAUGUGUUGUUCCUGAACUUUCUGUAAUGUUUCAUUUUUUUAAUCUGACAAACUAAAAAGUUUAACGUCUUCUAAAGGACUGUCAUCAACACCAUAAUAUGUAAUCUCCAGGAGCAACUGCCUGUAAUUUUUAUUUAUUUAGGGAGUUACAUAGGUGAUGGGGGAAAUUGUUAACUACCUUUAAUUUUCCUGGGAAGUCAAGGUUACAUCUCGCAGACGUUGUUUUGAGAAAAAAGGGCCCUUCUGAGUUAAGGAGCCAUAAUUCUGUGAGUGAUCAAAAGAAAGAAAAAAGAAACUGUUACAGUAUGAUUCAGAUCAUUUAAAAAAGCAAAAUCAAGUGCAAUUUUGUUUACAAAUGGUGUAUAUUAAAGAUUUUUCUAUUUCAGAUGUACUUUAAAGAGAAAUAUUAGCUUAACUCUUUUGACAUCUGCUAUUGUGACACAUCCCAUUGCUGGCAAUGUGGUGCACACUCCGAAACUUUUAACUACUGUUUUGUAAGCCUCCAAGGGUGGCAUUGCAGGGUCCUAGGCAAUGUUUUGCUUGCCUUUAUGCAGAGAGGUGCUCCAAGUGCUGUGAUUGAGUACCAUGCUAGAGGAACUGUAAUGCUUCAGAAGUGGUAGCUUAUACAAAGGAAACAGGUCCUGCUGGCUUAAUUUAAACAGUUAUUGCAUGAAGUAAUGUGGAGGCCCUGGACUGCUGCUCAUUCUUUAGGAUGGACUGUUCUGGUAUCUGGUAUUGGUUUAGAGCCUGUUUAUAAGGGACAUCACAAGGUGAUGGGAUUCAUUUGAAGCACUCUAUUUCUGUUUUAAUGGUUUUAUCCAAUUUUGCCUUCCCAAGAUUUUUGUUCUACAUAAAAAGUUCAUGCCACUUUUUAAUAUAAAAAAAUUUAACAAAA